AUGAAUCAUCCGCUCGUCCUCGCCGGCCGGCGGUGGUGGAUGCCCGUCCUCGCCACCCUCUCCGCUUGUCUCCUCGUCCUCGUCUUCCUCCGCAUCGACUCCCAGUCUCACGCCGGUCCCUCCUUUAGCCACAAGCCUCUCACGGCUCAGAAGCCGUCCAAUGUCCUCCCACCGUCUCCCUCUCGCGUCUCCCACGUCUCCUCGGGCGUGCCGACCAACAGCAAGCCCAAGGGCUCGGUCCAUGUGCCGCUCGUCGUGCCGACCAACGUGACGACCAACGUCUCCUCUUCCGCGGCGCCCUCCCAUCACUCGUCCGACGCCGGGCUGCCCACGCUCAACUCGUCCGCCUACGUCAGCGUCGUCCGGAGCGAGCACGCCGACGGAUGGCCCCACCGCGUCUUCAAGAGCUCGCCGUGGAUGCCGCCCAACAUGUCCGUCUCCGUCACCAACGCCGGCCUCGCCGACGGCUACCUGUUCGUGACGCCUAAGCCGCGCAGCGGCAAGGGUGGCAUCGAGAUGAGCGCGCCGUACGUGCUGACGUCGGACAACGAGCUCGUCUACGCCUACAACGCGACCCGCGGCACCAGCGGCUUCCGCGUCCAGCAGCUCGCCGGCAAGCCGCGACUCACCUUUUGGCAGGGCGAAACGACCAUCGGCCGCGGCUACGGCCGGGUCGUCAUGCUCGACCGGCACUACAACGAAAGCGUCGUCGACCUCGACGCCGACAUCCGCUGGGACCUCCGCGACGGCCGCAAGGCGCCGGGGCUCGUCGACUACCACGAGAACAUCCUGACGCCGCAGGGCACCCUCCUCGUGACGGCGUACAACAUCACGACGGCCGACCUGCGGCCUUUCGGCGGCCCCGAGCACGGACACGUCGUGGACAGCCACUUUUACGAGAUCGACCCGGCCACGAGCAGGGUGCUCUUUCGCUGGAGCGCCCUCGACCACGUCGGACUCGGCGACUCCCACAUGCCCGUCAAGUCGUACAUGGGCGACGGCACCAAGGGCAAGGGCUGGGACUUUUUCCACAUCAACUCGAUCCAGAAGCUCGGCGACGACUACCUCAUCAACAGCCGCCACACCUGGGCCUGCUACCUCGUCUCCGGCAAGGAUGGCCGCGUCCUGUGGACCCUCAGCGGCAGCGGCGAGGGCGGCAGCUUCGGCCCCGUGCCCGUCAACGGCACCUUUCGAUGGGCCCACGACGCCCGCGCGCACAACAUCUCGGACGCCGGCAUGGCCGUCAGCCUCUUUGACAACCACAACAUGGAGCAGGACAACGGCACGAUGCCGACACGCGGGCUCGUCCUCGGCGUCGGCCUCCCACCCGACGCCGAGAAGCCGCCCGUCGUGCUCCGCGACGUGCGCGCCGCGCCCGACUUUUACAGCGGCAGCCAAGGGAGCUACGACGCGGCGCUCCCAAACGGCAACCAGCUCCUCUGCUACGGCCCGUCCCCCGUCGUGCGCGAGUUCGGUCCUGGCGGCGACCUGCUGUGGGAGGGACGUCUGGGCCUCGACGACAAGGUGCAGUCGUACCGCGCCUUCAAGGCCGAGUGGCACGCGACGCCGCUCGCGUGGGACCCGUCGCUCGUCGUCGAGGCGGCCGGGACGACGGGCGGCCGGCAGCUGCUCGAGGCCUACGUGUCGUGGAACGGCGCGACGGACGUCGAAGGCUGGACGGUCCACGUCGGGCCCAGCGAGCGCGAGCUGCGCAAGGUCGGCCGCGCGGCCAAGCGAGGCUUCGAGACCGUCAUCGAGGUGGCGGCGUCCAAGUCGUCCUGCGUCCAGGUGGCGGCGCUGCAGGGCGGCAAGGAGGUGCGACGAUCGAACGUCGUGUGCCUCGCAUAG